UCAUCAGCCGACUGGUGCUAUGAGCUUUGCUGGAAAAGCCAGAGUGAACGAAAUCCGCUUUAUGCACUCGAUUCGUUUCUGUGUGGGCCAGGAGCGUGGAAUAUGUCUCAAGGCACCCCGAAUCGCUGGCCUUAUGGAAGGUCCUAAUUCACACGACGUAUGGAGGGGCAUCAAUCCAUUGACAAAGCUGACCGAGAUUUCGGUACCGCAAAUCGCUUCGCACAGAAAGGACCGCAGGCAACCAAUGUUUCACGUGUACCAGAACAUGUCCGCCUUCGGUCAUCUUUUUAAGCGCAAAACUACGAUAUCAUCUCUAUGCCAAAAAUCAUAAUCUGCUUAGAUGAAGGUCUUCAAGCGUUAUGUAUCUAAACGUAAUCUAUCGACUGUUAUGUAGGCAUUGUUUUCGUGAAUUCCCACUCAACACACUAUGACGGUACCAACCCGAUUGGCGAAUAUGAUUAUAGAGACUCAGAAAAUGAUCACGAGCUUCAUCGAACCGACAGAAAUUCACCUCAACUGCUUUUCGCUAUAUCAGGCAGUUUGCUCACAUUUGUCCACAAUGCCCAGUGCAUGCAGUAGCAGAAAAAAAACAUGACAGACUCGCUCUAACCGAGUUAUGAUUCGUAGUUGUUCAAUCCUCUUAGUUAGACGCUAGGAACGCUGUCCCGCCAUCUAUUCGCUUGAUCACGACCUCUAUCAAAACAGCACGAAAACGGUGCUGAUCAGGAUUCAGCGUCACCAAUAACACCAUGAAAAAUCGGUCGAAGCAGACACAUCUAUUUAGGUACAUAUUGUAGCAGCAGAAGACACAUUGGCACAUUAAAACAGAACAGCGGGGUUCAUUGCCGAAACAGAGUAUGAAAAUAGGUUCAAAAUGGGGACCGCUUUUGUUCAUCUCGAGAAGAAAAUGCAUUGACAACUGUCUCCCUCAGCGGUUGCGUCUUUGAGAGUUGGACACACUCAGGAAGGUUGCAGCAUACGGAACCUUGUACAAUUCGUGAUGGCUGAAGUGGACAGCAGAGCGAGCGUCAUAAGUCGUUUGGUGUAAAUUGCUAAUGCGAUUCGAGUCUAGACAUUCACGAAAAAUGUUUUCCGAGAAUGAGCUUUAUAGUUGGAUGAAUGGAAACGGAAGAAAAGUGUUGUCAAGCACGCUGGCGAAACGUGUGGCCUGUGAGGCUAUGAGGCCGACCACAGGUACCUCUCGUUUUAACGAACUAACACAAUUUAAACAACUCUAAAAUUUUAAGACACUUCACGCCAACAGUCAGCCUGAGCAAACUGGGUUUCUACUACCGGCAACUAAAUGAAUGGAGUUAUAACAUGAUUGAUCAUAACCUGAAGGCGGGUGAUUUACAAAGGUAAUUCAUAAAGAUGGGUUCGAAAACGUCAUUACAAAACAUAGAUUUAUUAAGAUCCGCACAGGACUUUUGGUUGGUAGGCUAUCAUUCAAUGUAAUCGUGCGAAGUAUUAUUUGAGACGUUUAGUUAGUGACACGAUCCAGCGAUUUAUGAUCUCAAGGGUAAUCAAUCUGACCCAAAAGAUAACCCAUUUAUCUGGGCAUUAUAUAAUCACAUGUCUCUAACAGCUUAACGAAUUACUGCUUAAAUAAGAAGGAACAACAUGUUAUAACAUGAGUCCCGAGUUUCGUGAAUAAUAAAGCUAAA